AUGCAAAAAAUAAAUACCAGUGAGACCGAUACCACCAGUGAUUUGGAACAAGCUUAUAGUUCUCAAGACAGCAUGGUCAAACACGUAACCUUCAAUGAAAUUGUCCAGUGCAGGAAGACCAUUUCUCGCGAAGAUUAUACCGAGUUGGAAGCUCAUCAAUCAUGGCUUUCCAGGGAAGAAAUGGCGAAGAUGACCGAACGUCAAUUCAAGACGGCUGCGCGUAUGGAAUCGGGCAAGGAAUCCAAGCGAGAAUCUACCUACCGCGGAUUGGAAUGUUUGUCUGCCAAGGGAGAGGCUGAAUUGAAUGGGGUCAUCCAGUAUUGCAUUGAUGCUGUCAUGGACGAAAACGAUCGUCAAUUUGAUUUGUUUGAAAAGAUCCAAGACAGUGAAAUGAUUGCCUUGGCUUCUAUGGCCUGUUCGGCAGAAAGCAUCCAAAAGGCCAUGAGGCGGGGUGAAUCCGAUGCUCGUGAAGCCAAACGAUGCUACCGUCGCAUGAGAGACAUGGAAGCUUCGGCUGGCAACAACAACAAUGAUUCGACUUCCUCCUUUUCGGUUAGUGAUGAACAUCCCUCGAGAACGAUUCCCAUUCUAAAGACUGGCAAUGCAAAGGGCGACAUUUGUGAGUCCGCCCUGCCACAAACCCAGCAAGUCAUGUGCUGA